CUCUGUGCAGACUGCACAAGGGAUGUUCUGCCAAACAAAGGAGAGAGGGUUAUUGCUGUGGUUCUGCAGAGACCUGGUUGAAUGUGUAAGGAAGGUGAGACCUGUAAACUCAUGGACUUAAAUAGUGCCAUGAUUGGAGAUGAUCCUACAAGGCUGGGAGGGUUUCAGAGUUAAACUUUAAGUUAGCCGGGGCUGGGAGCAGAAGACUGAAGGCAGGCAGUGUUUGCAUGCUUCAGCUUGCAUCAGCUUUGUGGCCUUUUAUGGGUCUUCGGUUCUGUUUUUUUCGAUGUGAAGUGCUGCUGGGAGGCUCUUCUUUCCGCCCUUGGCACCUACAACCUGCCCUGUGCCAUGCUCUGCCUUUGGCUGUGCCAGCACUGCCUUCUCAGCUGUAUCUUGAUCUUGGUUGUGUUCAGUCUCUCCUGAGCAGCCCUCUCGCCUCACGUUGCUAUUUGACAGAGGAAGGCUGAAACCUUCCCUGUUUCCUGGCAGCUCUGAUUUUUCCACUUCUUGAUCCAGGAGAAGCGGCUUUGUUUAAAGGGAUCACUGUUAUUUCUUUGGUCCCUAUGGGAAGAGGCUGCUGUAGUUCUGGUGGUGACCCUGCAGAAGCCUCAUGAGCUGUACCACCUUUCUCCUUUAUCUGUGCCUGUGUCAUAGCCAAGUACUGGCUCUGCUCAGGUUCUUAGUGCUUGACUGGGGUGCCCACCUCCCUGCGUGCCACCAUGGCAGUGCCGCUGGACAAGGAGGAGUGAUCAGGGUGUGGUCCUGAUGCUGAAAUGGACCACAACCCCCAAGCAGGUCUCAUGGUUGCACUGGGAGAUGAUGGAGAGGUCAACAGCAGUAUGGGCUGCCCCAGAAUGGGAGAUGCUGAAACACCCUGUGCAGGGGGCUGCCGCCCUGCUGCUGGGACAGAACCAGGGGAGCACAAGUGGGCUGUUCAGGAGGAGAGUGGCUCAGCUCAGCCUCACACAGCCGUUCUGCUUGGUGCUCUGUGCUCACCCUCCUGCUCUGGGGUUGUCUGGAAACGUGGCGUGAGGGGAGGGACCUCUGUGGGCACAGCGUGUGCUGUGAGUGCAUCAGUCCCUUCUGGCACAGCAGAACUCUGCUCUGCAGCCUGAGGCACCACCUGGAGAGCAAGGGGCUGUGCUCACAGCUGCCCAUUGCCUGCUUACUGAGCUGUGCGUGCCAAGAAGCCCCAGGUGAGGAAUGCUCUAGGAUCCUGCUGUGGACACACCAUCUUUGGGCUGUGCCCUGCAGUGGCCACACAUGGCUAACUUGGCUGUGGGAAUCAUCCUUGCUGUGCUGGCUCCGCUCAUCAUCACUGCCAAUGUGCUGGUGGCCAUUGCUCUCCUUCGCCUUAUCUGGAAGACUGGCUACAAGGGACACUAUUUUGUCCUUAAUCUUGCUGCUGCAGAUGCCAUGGUCGGUUUGUCAGUUAUAGGUCUGAUCAGGAAUGAGUUCUUUGAGCACUUUCAUCCCCCGCAGAUAUUAUGUGUCCUGCGAAUGGCUUUUGUGACCACUUCUUCUGCUGCUUCUAUCCUCUCCCUGACCCUGGUUGCAUGUUACAGGCACCUGGCAAUCAGAAAGCCUUUCCAGUACUAUCAGCUGGUCACGGGCACGCGGGUCGGGCUGCACUUGGUGUGUCUCUGGCUGCUUGCUGGUAUUAUUGGCUUCCUCCCACUUCUUAUCCCUGGCUUUCAGAAGUUCUCCCUUGAGGAAAAAUGCUCCUUCUUCGGAGUCUUCCACCUCAGCUACAUGCUCAUGGUCUCCUGCAUGGGCUUCUUUCCAGUCCUGUUUCUCUUCAUUUACCUCUACUGUGACAUGCUGAAAAUUGCCUCUGUGCACGUACAACAAAUCCGGGAAGUGGAACGUGCGGGGCUGGCCAGGGGCACCACCAGUGACAUGAAGGCCAUGCGCACCGUGGCCAUGCUGGUCGGCUGCUUUGUGCUGUCCUGGCUGCCAUUUUUCAUCGCUGGCAUCGUGAAAACUCUGUGUACUGAGUGCUUCCCCUACAGAGUCCUGGAGAGUUACCUCUGGAUGCUGGGACUGUGCAACUCCCUCCUGAACCCCUUGCUCUACUCCUACUGGCAGAAGGACGUGCGGAGGGAGCUCUCCCAGCUGGCUGCAGCUGUGAAGAGGAAAGCCCUUCGUUUGGGGAAGGGUUGCUGUUUCCCCAGCAGAGGCACAAAGUCCGUUCCCACUGUGUCGUGCUUGCAGCUCCAGGACUGAUGUGGUAAGGAGCAACUGCUGCUGGCUUUCCUUCUAGCUCAUCUCCUUCACCAGAACUGUGAACUUGGGUGCUGCCAGCUGUGGAAUAGAUCUUGGAUGGGGUGGGACAGCUCUGCAUGGAUGCAGCACAACCAGCACAGCCUGUUCUGCCCCAGCUCCAGGGCACCCAAAAUUGCAGGUGUGUGGCACACAUUGAGUUUUGCUUGGAGAGCUUCAGCAACAGCAGCCUUGUGUCUGGUGGGACCAAGCCCUUGGCACUCCCUCCACACACUAAGAUCACUCACCUUUUGUUGCCUGGCUUUCCCCAGCCCAGAUAUGGGAGCCUUCUGCUGUCCCCUCUGCCUGCAGCACCAGCUGUCUGGGCCAGGUUCCCCACCAGCACAUGGGGCAGGGCUGUUCUCAGUGUGUUGGCUCUGUCACUCCCUGUCACUGCCCCUACCUAAACCAAACUUGCCAUCCAACAGAUGUAAUCUGGGCUAUCCCUCAAACCAUUCUCUGAUGAGGAUCAGUCCCAGAUGCAGAGGUGAGGAGAAUGGGCCUGGGGUCUCUAUUGUAGCGCAGGGGAUGCAGUGGGAGGCCUGGCUGUUCUUUGGCUGUGUGUGCACUGGAGCAAAAGCUGAGCAGCCCCAGGUGUGGUGUGCCUGGGAAAGGUGCAGGGCAGCACCGGUUUGUGCUGUUACUGUUUGGUUUGUGCUGUAAAGCAAGUUAAUGAAUGACUGACUUGAGUGCUGAGCAGGAAGGACUGCCUUGGAAACAGGGGAAAACCUUGUGCAGAAGGGCUGCUUUGUCCCACCAACGCCUUAGGAUGUUCAUGGGGUAAUAAGGAUGCCUCUAUACUGACUCAGCAGGUGGGAGCACACAGCACUGGGUGCAUGUCAUGUCCCACUGCAGUGAUGGUCCUUCCAGAGGCUAUGAUGUUAUCUCAUUGCUUUUUGUAAAACGGUAACAGUUUGUAAAAUCCUCAUAGCAGGAAUGUUUCCCAUAAAGCAGGAUGCUUAGCUGA